AUGCCUAGUGCGACAUCAACUUCCCCUGGGUUCACCUGCAAAGAUGAGCCUAUUGAGAACCAGAGGCCUCUAACGGUCAGAGUGAUUGGCGCAGGAUACUCUGGGGUGUACCUCGGCAUCCGGAUUCCUCAACGCCUGAGGAACGUCGACCUGCAAAUAUACGAGAAGAACGAUGGCAUAGGAGCCCACUCAUACCAGUACUCUUUCGCGCCCAACAAAAGAUGGACUUCCUUCUACGCCCCCUCUGCCGAGAUAUGUGACUACAUACAGAAUAUUGCUGAAACAUAUGGUGCGACGAGAUUCAUCAAGUUACAUCAUGAGGCAUCUAUCUGUACGUAA